AACGAAUACAUACAUUUUUCAGUAUCGAUUGGAAUAACACGUACGUGUGCUCCAAGCUGAAAAAUAUAAAAAAGUUUAAUUAAAUAAAAUUUUUUUUGAAAAAGUUCAAGUAAAAAAAAUAUAUAUUAAAAAAAAUGGGUGAUCAACGAGGAACGCGUGUGUAUGUGGGAAAUUUAACUGAUAAAAUUAAGAAAGACGAUUUAGAAGGAGAGUUCACAAAAUAUGGUAAAUUAAAUUCAGUAUGGAUUGCAUUUAAUCCACCAGGUUUUGCAUUCGUCGAAUUCGAACAUCGUGACGAUGCCCAAAAGGCAUGUGAUGUUUUGAACGGCACCGAAUUAUUGGGCUCCCAAUUAAGAGUGGAAAUCAGCAAGGGACGCCCACGUCAAGGUGGUAGACGCCAGGGUGGUGGCGGUGGUAGAGGAGGCGGCGGCGGUGAUAGACGCCGUGAUGGUGGUGGCUUCGGUGGACGUCGUAAUGGAGGAGGUGGUGGUGGCGGCGGUGGUUUUAGACCCCGCAACUCUAGCGGCGGCCGUUAUCCCGACCGUGGUUAUGGCGGUUCGGGUGGUGGUGGUGGCCGUUCCGGCGGCGGUGGCGGUUAUGGACGCGAUGGCUAUGGUAGCUCUAGUGGUGGCCGUUCUGGUGGUGGUGGCUAUGGACGUGAUGGUGGCAGUUCGGGUGGCUUCAGUCGUCGUGAUUCAUAUGGCCGUGAUGGUGGCAGUUCAGGCGGUCGCUCCUUCGGCGGUCAAGGUGGUGGCGGUGGUCGUUUUAGAUCACGUUCGCCCAUGGGACGUUUUUAAAUCAAAAAAACAAAUAUCUUAUACAAUUAUCUACAAUUUUAACGAAAAAGUUAAUAACAAGUAAGCUUCGAUAUAUACAUAUAGAAAUAACUACGUUAAGCUGCGUUUAGUAAAGAAAAAAAUCUAAAAAUUUUGUAGAAAAUUGCAAAUAUGUAUGAACGUAAUAUAUAUAGUACUCUAUUCUACUUUUUAAGGCGAAAUUUUUCACCCCCCUGAGAAAAUUUCGUUUCUAGUGUCGUAAGUCAUAAUUUUAAUUUAAAAAUUCCUCUUAAAAUGAAAAACAACAACAAAAAAAUAUCUACUCGUUAACUACCAUUUUGCAGAAAUUCGUAAAAAGAAAAAAAACAAAAGAAUUUGUCAUAAAUUAACAAAAAAACACAAGGCAAAAAUGAUUUGAGAGAGCUAAGGCAAAUUUUUUUGAAAACAAAACACAAAAAGAGCGACAUAACGUUUUAGUCAAAAACAAAAUGGCAGCAAUAAUGAUAAAAGAGAGAAGAUUUUUAAAAAUUGUAUUUAUUCUUUUUUUACACUUAAAAACAACG